AUGAACGGCAGCACCAUCACCAUCAGCACCAUCACCAUCAGCACCAUCAUCAACACCGUUACCAUGAACAUCUUCAACAAAAUAUCACCUGGCGGUGAUCGUUUCCGAGAUCGUUUCCAGCUGGUCAGCUGCAAAAUAUUGUUUACUUUAUAUUUCAACAAACUGCGCUUGUUUGACCAGAGUGAACCCAAUCCUGGGCGGUUUGCUUCGCAGGCAAUGGCUAUGGGAAGACACAACCAACCACCUCUAUCCGGUUCGGGGGCGACCUCCCUUACACCAAGGCGUGGCGAAGCGCCUCUAUCUCCAACAGACACUGAUUCGGAUUCGGAUAUAUCCCUGGGAACCCAUUCGCCUAUCCCGAGCAUGUCGUUGCAGCACAGUCCCAGCUCGCUCCCCGGCUCUAGCGAGGAUCGUCUCAACGACGAAAGGGACCGAGAAAAAGAUUUCCGCAGUUUCGCCUCCUUGCACUCGUUCCGCUUUGGAGAUCAUCUGGCAGGCGGUUUCUUACCUGGCUCGUUCAAUAACAGAUUUAUGCCUUAUCGCCUCGGUGACAACUCGCCUCCAAUCAAUACUCACUCACCCCCAAUAGGCCUGACACAUCUUCCAAUCACUCCGACCGUACUCCGGCCGCAGCCUCAUUUACCAGCAUCGCUCUCUGUGACGGCACCGACGGCCACCACCACCUCGAUGAGUGAGUCCCCGAACAGCAACAGCAGUGCCACCACCAGUUCGAUUAACAAUGGUCCUAGUGGGCUAGCGGUAGCGGCGGCGGCUGCAGCUGCUGCAGCUGCAGCGGCGGCCAAUGGCAAUGCACCGAUGAUGACACCAAUGUCACCACUCAGAAUACGGGUCAGUUCACCGACGCGGCUCAACUCGGAUCUACUGCAACACAGCGCGCACCAUCAGAGCCUCAUGAAUGGCUUGAAUGCGAGUGGAAUCGUACGGAUUGUUCCUAACACAACGACCAGUCUCCUUCACCGGCCAUUUUCACCGUCGCCCAAACCGAAGGAGGCAUCGUGA